AUGGCUGCAUCCAUGGAUGCGCUGGGGGCCUUCACCCAUCUUCAGACCAACCUGCCCGCAUGGAUCACCCGUGUCUCCGAGCUGGCAGCCCACGCCUCUGCCAGACAUGCCGAAUACUCAGAAGCCUACCAAAAACACUCCAAAUCCAAAGCGCGCCGCCGCAAGAACAGCUCCGUAUGCUCUAUCCGCACCGAUAACCUCGUCCCGAUCGCACAGCAGAAAACCCCCGGCCCGGAAUCCGCCACAGUCAACACUUCAAUGUGCAAGGAGGAGAAGGUGCUGGCCCAACAGGCCGGACGCAAACGCGGCACCGACGAAGCGCCAUCGAUCGACUCGAACGAACGUUACGACUUUGUCAGCACCCGCCACAAUGUCAUUAUCGACUACGAUGGCCACACACAGAAAGUCCUCGAACAGAUUGUAAAGGAUAUCGGCAUCGCCAGGAACAACAUCCGCCGUGGCAAGAUGUCAAUGAUGCCUCCCCGCAUGGGAAUCCGCUCGAAUGCUCUCAGCAGGACUGCUGUUGGCGCAUCUCCCGAAUCAUCUAUCGCCUCUCUGGCCUGCGUCCGUAGCACACGAACCGCGACCGGCUUGGUAGGUGUGACCGGAACUUCGAACGGAAUUAGCAAAGACUCGCCUUUUGAUUUCUCCGACAAGCAGUUGGAGCUCGCGCACGGUCUCUGCGAAACAGCCGCCUUCCAGGUUCUCCGGUCCGGCGACUGUGGAACCGAACUUGAUGGUGUCGAGGAGAAGUUCAAGAUGUUACUGGAAAUGACCACCAAAGAGGUCGCCCGUCUGGAAGAAGAAAAAGAAGAAAAGAAGAAACGGGAGGAAGAAGCGCCCGAAGAGGAGAUAGAGGAACCCAUACCGCCACCUCAGACUUCAACUGCCGCUCGACUUGCUCGUAUAGCAGCCCUUUCAGCAAACAAGCCCUCGACUUCCGCAACGGGCACUAUCGAAGUCGACGACGAUUCCUCUUUAUCGGCAGAGUCCCUCGAACUCGACCUUUCUGCAUUCCGAUCCUCGAGAAUCCGAGUCUAG